AUGUUUAAAGGAAAAAGCCAACGGGAAUUGCUUCAGGUAGCCAAAACGCUCAUCCAGCCGUUGAAACCAUCCUACCACAAGGGCCAGGCUGGGAAGAUCGCUGUGUUCGGUGGAUGUGAGGAUUAUACGGGGGCCCCGUUCUUUCUGGCCCAUUCGGCUGCUUUGGUGGGCGCUGACUUGAGUCACGUUGUGUGUGAAAAGCAGGCUGCUCCGGUGAUCAAAGGAUAUCUGCCAGAUUUGAUGAUCCAUCCGUACUUAUAUGAUUUGGAAAAUGCAGAUCUCAGACAGUGGGCGUCUCCGGAAGAGCUAGCGAAGCUAAAGAAGGUGCCUCUCGAUGAGAUUUUGAAUCAGAAGGACGAUCUCGAUAAAAUCAUCGAGAAUCACGUCUUGCCCAAGAUUCUGGGGCUCAUGGAGAGAGUAGACAUGUUUGUCGUGGGACCUGGGUUUGGAAGAGACGCCCUCAUGCUCAAAACGCUUGUGAGGGUGAUAGAAGAGAUAAAAGUCGUCAACAAGCCCGUUAUUUUGGAUGCAGACUCGCUUUACUUGGUGUCGGUGCGUCCAGAGCUCAUCAAGGGCUACCCCAAGGCGGUGCUUACACCAAAUGUGGUUGAGUUUGGUCGAAUCUGCCUGGCUCUUGCCAUUGACAACACCGACGACGUUGAAUGCGCCAUGAGGGUGCUGAAGGCGUUGGGAAACGUGACCAUUAUCAAAAAAGGUGCUCAUGAGGUGAUUGUGAGGAAGGGAAGCCAUGUUAUCAACGAAUUGCCGGGCUCCUUGAGGCGUGUGGGUGGCCAAGGCGAUACCUUGACAGGGGCAUUGGCCACGCUUCUUACAUGGGCUGAACACUACAACAGCGGGUUCUGGGAAGGUUCAGGGAAGAUCGACGAGGAUGAAGCCCUAUUGCUAGCGUGCUUUGCUGCCUGCUCUGUGGUGAGAGUAGCCAGUGGAAAGGCAUUUGGCAAGUACAAGAGAGCUAUGCAGACACUGAACGUGCACGAGUUUCUCGGAGAGGCGUUUGAAGAAUUGUUUGGAUAG